CCAUUUCUGCACAUCCAACUGUUUUUGAGGUACGCGUUUCAAUAUUACUGUUCCGGCGAUUGGAUUGUGCUCCCCGUCUUCUUCUCCGACGCCAAAAUUCCGACGGUGACGUGAACAGAUCCCUCUCUUUCUUCUCUUCUUCUUGCCCCUGCAUUGCUUCAAGGUUACCCAAGUUCUAUCAACGAAAAAAAUAUGCAUCCGCAGCGGUGUAAGGGGAUGAGUGAGUAGGAAGAGGUGAUAAUGAAUGACAUUGUUAGGGGAAUUCAUAGUCGUGCCCUCAUAUGUUGAUGGGGGAGUAGAUGGAUGCAGCUAGGAGCUGGUUCCAGAAGUUCCAAUCGCGGGAUCGUUUGAGAGCAUCAACCAAGAAGAAGGAUUUAAUGGCGGGUGGUAAAGAAGAUUCUAAUCAUUUAUCGGCCGAGGAAGCCUCCAAUGUUACCAAACAGAAAGUUGCUGCCGCGAAGAAAUACAUAGAGAAUCAUUACAAAGAGCAGAUGAGGAUUCUGAAGGAGAGGAAGGAGCGCCGAAGCUUACUAGAGAAAAAACUUGCUGAUGCCGAUGUCUCAGAAGAAGAUCAAAACAAUCUUUUGAAGUUUUUGGAGAAGAAAGAAACCGAGUAUAUGCGACUCCAAAGGCACAAAAUGGGUGCCGAUGAUUUUGAGUUACUGACAAUGAUUGGGAAGGGUGCAUUUGGUGAGGUCAGGAUUUGCAGAGAAAAGACAACCGGGCAUGUGUAUGCUAUGAAAAAACUGAAGAAAUCAGAAAUGCUUCGCAGAGGACAGGUUGAGCAUGUUAAAGCUGAAAGGAAUUUGCUUGCAGAGGUUGACAGCAAUUGCAUAGUCAAACUGUAUUGUUCUUUUCAAGAUGAAGAGUAUCUAUACCUUGUCAUGGAAUAUCUACCUGGUGGAGAUAUGAUGACUUUACUUAUGAGGAAGGACACUUUAACUGAAGAUGAGGCGAAGUUCUAUGUGGCAGAAACCGUCUUGGCCAUUGAAUCAAUCCACAAACAUAACUAUAUACAUAGAGAUAUCAAGCCUGAUAAUCUGCUACUGGACAGAUAUGGUCAUCUAAGACUCUCGGAUUUUGGGCUAUGUAAACCUUUAGAUUGCAGUACCAUACAAGAGGGGGAUUUCUCAGUGGGGGAGAAUAAUGGUACAACUUCAAAGGGCUGUGAACAAACUGCUACUCCUAAACGCACUCAGCAAGAGCAACUACAACAUUGGCAGAAAAAUAGAAGGAUGCUUGCUUAUUCCACUGUGGGUACACCAGACUAUAUUGCUCCAGAGGUUUUGCUGAAGAAAGGUUAUGGGAUGGAAUGUGACUGGUGGUCACUUGGUGCUAUAAUGUAUGAAAUGCUUGUAGGCUAUCCUCCUUUUUAUUCUGAUGAACCCAUGUCAACGUGUAGGAAGAUAGUAAACUGGAAAACACAUCUAAAGUUUCCUGAAGAAGCAAAACUAUCUCCUGAAGCAAAAGAUCUUAUAAGCAAACUACUUUGUAAUGUCAACCAUAGGCUUGGAUCAAAGGGCACAAAUGAAAUAAAGGUUCAUCCCUGGUUUAAAGGAAUCGACUGGGACAGAAUAUAUCAGAUGGAGGCUGCAUUCAUACCUGAAGUCAACGAUGAGUUGGACACUCAAAACUUUGAAAAGUUUGAAGAUUUGGAGUCACAAACUAUUACUUCAUCAAAAUCGGGUCCAUGGAGGAAGAUGCUGUCAUCUAAAGACGUUAACUUUGUGGGGUACACAUACAAGAACUUUGAGAUAGUCAAUGAUUAUGAAGUUCCUGGAAUGGCUGAAUUGAAGAAGAAAAGCACCAAGCCUAAGAGGCCAACCAUCAAGUCACUAUUUGAGGAGGAGUCAGAAACAUCAGAAACGUCUAGUCAGCAAUCGCAAGGUAGCGUUAUGGAUCUCUUGCCACCUCAGCUCGACGCUUCAGAGUCAAUCAAGUACAGAUAACUAUGGUGUUUUGCACGAAAACUUUUGAACCAAUCUUGUAUUCAUAGAUGAGUUAAUUUCCAUCAACAAGAACUCAACCAUGUUGGCAUCCCCAAAGAAGUGUAGAGAAGUCUGAUCCAUCAUCUACUCAUUGAUUCAUAUUUGUCUUCUGGGCUGAUCUGGUGCUGAUUGUUUUUUCUUUUAUUCGUUUAACGAUAGCGUAGGGCCCAUAGUCACCCCCGGUGGACAUCAUGUAUUUUUCUCUUUUUUUUUGAAAGCUAAUGCUUGUGUAAGACACCACCACCAACAACCCAGUUGGAUCCCAUGCGAGUAGGGUAUGGGGAAAUGCUUGUGUAAGACAUUGAACAUUAAUUGAUAUUUAUGUAUAGAAAACAUAUUUGCUUUGCCAGCCAUGCCCAGAGCAUCUUGGAGUCUGUUAAAUAAGUAAGCCAAACUAAAGUAACUCUGUAAUC